AAGCUUGGUCAUUAUUGUUGUCAUUGAAGAACUGUGCUUAGCACGAGUAACAUCUUCAAGAUUUAGAAACUGUGUUUUAUUUGUUAUUCUAUAAGAAAUGGCUCCACAAGAAAAAGUUGAAUUUGUAAUACUAAGAUUGACCUUUUUGCCGUAUGUACAUCCCCAGUAUCCUCGCAUUACCCUGACCCACAAAAGACACUCCCCCAGUAGUUCAAUGACGCAAGUUCGAGAUUGGUUUGACCGAAUAAUGUCACGAGAAAAAUCCAAAAUUGAUCCACGCAUGACAAUACGCUAUUCUGAGUGGAAUGUCACCUCGGGCAAUGCAAGUUUAUUUACCGUCAACGGCUAUCGUUUUGAUAAAAUCCUUUUGGUAUUAGGCGAAGAAGUUGUUCAUUGGAUCUUUUAUCAAAAUAUGCCGCUACAUCGGCGUAUUGAAGGCUGUGGCCGUAUAUCGGUAAACUAUUGUGGCUGUUGUCUAAACACACAAUAUUUGAAGAUUAUGGAAACCGUCAAAGGCUGUGUAAUGCAGAAGGGUACAUAUUAUUGACAACUGGACCAAAAAUAAAUAAACAUUAGCAACAACGUCUAACGUAAAACGAUUAUAUGUUUUAAAAAAUACAUAUAAAUAAAGACAUUAAAAAUAUUAGUAUUUUAAA